UCCACCCAGAAUUGACAGAUGAGGCUCACUUCUCCCUCAGCAUGCCCGGCUGCCGCUGCUCUCUUGCUCACCGCCCUCUUCUGCCCAACCCGGGACCCUAGACGCCACGCAGGAGAGAGCGCCGGGCAUGGCCACGCUGCCCACCGCCGAGCGCAGGGCAUUCGCCCUUAGGAUCAACAGGUAUUCGUCAGCUGAAAUAAGAAAGCAGUUUACUCUCCCACCAAACCUCGGACAGGUUUAUCACCGGAGUGUAAGCCUUUCUGGCUUUCCCUCUCUUCAACUACCUCAGUUUUAUGACCCAGUGGAGCCAGCAGAUUUUGAAGGACUUCUGAUGACACAAUUGAGUAGCCUGGAUGCGGAACUCAUACAAGAACUUGGCGACUUCACGGAGGAUGAUCUGGACGUCGUCUUUACUCCAAAAGAAUGCCGGACCGUACAAGCUUCUUUGCCAGAGGAAGGGGUUGAACUGGAUCCUCAUGUCAGAGACUGUGUUCAGACAUAUAUUCGGGAGUGGCUCAUUGUGAACAGAAAAAUUCAAGGAAGUUCUGAUUCUUAUGGCUUUAAGAAGACUGGAUCUCGAAGGGAUUUCCACAAGACACUUCAGAAACAGACUUUCGAAUCAAGAACAUUAGAGAGUAAUGAGUCAAGUUCUCAGGCAGGCCCUCGAACCUUAAAAGUGCUGUGUGAUGUAUCUGGAAGAAGUACUCUCACUUCCUGUGACUUUGACCUUCGGAGCCUACAGCCUGAUCAGCGGCUGGACAACCUUCUACAGCAAGUCAGUGCAGAGGACUUUGAAAGACAGAAUGAAGAAGCUCGAAGGACCAAUAGACAGGCCGAACUCUUUGCCCUGUACCCAUCUGUGGAUGAGGAGGAUGCUGUGGAAAUACGGCCACUGCCAGAUUGUCCGAAGGAACACCUGGGCAAUAGGAUUUUGGUCAAGCUGCAGACUCUGAAGUUUGAGAUAGAAGUAGAACCUUUAUUUGCAGCAUUUGCCCUCUAUGAUGUGUAAGAACGGAAAAAGAUUUCAGAAAAUUUCCACUGUGACCUCAAUUCUGACCAAUUCAAAGGAUUUUUGCGGGCUCACACACCCUUUGUUGACCCCUCUAGUCAGGCCAGAGCUGCAGUAUUCUCAGUCACCUACCCAUCUUCAGAUAUCUACCUUGUCAUUAAGAUUGAAAAAGUUCUCCAGCAGGGAGAGAUUGGCGACUGUGCAGAGCCCUACAUGGUUAUCAAAGAAAGUGAUGGUGGGAAGAGCAAAGAAAAGGUUGAGAAGUGAAAAUUUCAAGCUGAGUCCUUCUGCCAGCGCUUGGGAAAAUCGAUGCCUUUUGCCUGGGCUCCCAUAAAUUUAACAAUUUCUUUAAUGUUUAUACCUUGAUAGAGAGAUAGCAAUAUGGAAACCAUGGUUGGGAAAAGUUCUAUGGGAGAGAGGAGAACACUGUCCCAGUCUAGAAGACUUUCUGAGAAAAGCUUAAGCUUAGAAGACAGUUAUACUGGCUCGAAUUUCAAAACUAUCACCAUGACUGUAAACAGCUUUUUCAAACAGGAAGGAGACCGUCUUAGUGAUGAAGACUUACUCAAAUUUUUGGCUGACUACAAAAGAUCCUCAUCCUUACAGAGAAGAGUGAAGUCAAUACCAGGUUUACUUAGGCUAGAAAUCUCCCCAGCCCCAGAGGUACUAAACUGCUGUUGUCUGACUCCUGAGCUGUUACCUGUGAAACCAUUUCCUGAAAAUCGGACCCGCCCACACAAAGAGGUUCUGGAAUUCCCAAUUAAAGAAGUUUAUGUCCCUCAUACUGUCUACAGAAAUCUUCUCUAUGUCUACCCACAGAGGCUGAACUUUGCUAACAAAGUGGCAUCUGCAAGGAACAUUACAAUUAAGAUCCAAUUUAUGUGUGGAGAAGACCCUAACAGUGCUAUGCCGGUCAUCUUUGGAAAAUCCAAUGGCCCUGAAUUUCUGCAGGAAGUAUACACAGCCAUCACAUACCAUAACAAGUCUCCUGACUUUUAUGAAGAAGUGAAGAUUAAAUUACCAGCUAAACUCACAGUCAGUCACCAUCUUCUGUUCACAUUCUACCAUAUCAGCUGUCAUCAAAAGCAAGGCACUUCAAUAGAAAGUCUCCUGGGAUAUUCGUGGUUGCCGAUUCUCUUUAAUGAACGCCUUCAAACUGGACCUUACUGUCUUCCUGUUGCUUUGGAAAAAUUGCCCCCCAACUACUCAAUGCACUCCCCAGAGAAGGUUCCUCCACAGAACCCUCCCAUUAAAUGGGCUGAAGGUCACAAGGGAGUUUUUAACAUUGAAGUCCAGGCUGUUUCUUCUGUCCACACCCAGGACAACCACUUGGAGAAGUUUUUUACUCUGUGUCACUCUCUGGAAAGCCAAGUCACCUUUCCCAUCAGAGUCCUGGACCAAAAGAUCACAGAAGCUAACCUGGAGCAUGAACUGAAACUGAGCAUCAUCUGUCUGAAUUCCUCCCGCCUGGAGCCCCUUGUGUUGUUUUUACACCAGAUUUUGGAUAAGCUCUUUCAGCUGUCAGUACAGCCCAUGGUCAUUGCGGGUCAGACAGCCAAUUUUUCCCAGUUUGCCUUUGAAUCUGUGGUUUCAAUAGCAAACAGCCUCCACAACAGCAAGGACCUGAGCAAGGACCAGCAUGGGCGGAACUGCCUCUUGGCCUCCUAUGUCUACUAUGUUUUCCGCCUUCCUGAUGUUCAAAGGGAAGUGUCUAAAUCAGCCGUUGGGUCCAGUCACCCAGAUCCUCGCUACCAUACGUAUGGCCGAACGUCAGCAGCCGCUGUGAAUUCCAAACUGCUGCAGGCCCGCGUGAUGAGCAGCAGCAAUCCAGACAUUGCCGGGAUGCACACCUCACCAGAUGAGGAAGUUAAAAACAUCAUGUCUUCAAAGGCUGCUGAUCGUGUGUGUAAUCGGAUGUCUUACUACAGCCAAGGGAACAAUGACACGCCAAGUUCCACUACAGUUCCAAGACCAGCCAGCAAGAAGCACUUCCAUGAGGAACUGGCGCUGCAGAUGGUGGUCAGCACUGGCAUGGUGAGGGAAUCGGUCUUCAAGUAUGCCUGGUUCUUCUUCGAACUUCUGGUGAAGAGCAUGGCCCAGUAUGUGCAUAACAUGGACAAAAGGGAUAAUUUUCGGAGAACUCGUUUUUCAGAUCGCUUCAAAGAUGACAUCACAACUAUCGUUAACGUGGUCACCUCUGAGAUUGCAGCCCUCCUAGUAAAGCCUCAAAAGGAAAAUGAUCAAGCAGAAAAAAUCAACAUCAGCCUGGCUUUUUUCCUCUAUGACCUUCUUUCCCUAAUGGAUCGGGGCUUUGUGUUUAACCUAAUCAAACACUAUUGUAAUCAGCUGUCAGCCAAGCUCAAUAACCUCCCAACUCUGAUUUCCAUGAGGCUGGAGUUUCUGAGAAUCCUCUGUAGUCAUGAGCAUUACCUCAACCUGAACCUCUUCUUCAUGGCUCCUGAUGCUGCUCCGGCCUCUCCCAACCCCUCCAUCUCUUCCCAGAACUCCAGCUCUUGUUCCAGCUUCCAGGACCAGAAGAUUGCCAGUAUGUUUGACCUGUCUCCUGACUACCGCCAGCAGCACUUCCUGACGGGACUUCUCUUUACUGAAUUGGCUGCUGCACUUGAUGCUGAGGGUGAAGGAAUCAUCAAGGUGCAGAGGAAAGCCAUCAGUGCCAUCCAUGGCCUACUGAGCUCUCAUGACCUGGAUCCCCGCUGCUCCAAACCCGAAGUCAAGGUCAAAGUGGCUGCCCUCUAUCUCCCUCUGGUCGGCAUCAUCAUGGAUGCUUUGCCACAACUCUAUGACUUUACAGUUUCAGAUGUUCGUGGUGGGAAAGGUCGUCCAAAUAGCUCAGAUGAAGAACAAGAAGGUGGAAGUCCAAUUAAUCAAAGUGUAGCCCAAGCCAUCGCUGGAAAUAAUUUCAACCUCUUGAAGACAUCUGGGGCAUCUCUAUCUUCCUUGCCCUACAAGCAAUACAAUGUGCUAAAUUCUGAUACCACCCGCAACCUCAUGAUCUGUUUCCUGUGGAUCAUGAAAAAUGCAGACCAGAGCCUCAUUCGAAAGUGGAUUGCAGACCUACCAUCAAUGCAACUGAACAGGAUUUUAGAUCUACUUUUCAUCUGUGUCUCAUGUUUUGAGUACAAGGGAAAACAAAAUUCUGACAAAGUCAGUACCCAAGUCCUUCAGAAGUCAAGAGAUGUGAAGGCACGGCUAGAAGAGGCCUUACUGAGAGGAGAAGGUGCCAGAGGGGAAAUGAUGCGCCGCUGUAAAACACCAGCAGGGAAUGACCGGUUUCCAGGACUAAAUGAAAACCUGAGAUGGAGGAAAGAGCAGACACAUUGGCGACAGGCUAACGAAAAGUUAGAUAAAACAAAGGCAGAGUUAGAUCAAGAAGCCCUGAUUAAUGGCAACCUGGCCACGGAAGCAAAUUUAAUCAUCCUAGAUAUGCAGGAAAAUAUUAUCCAGGCCAGCUCUGCCCUGGACUGCAAAGACAGCCUGCUGGGAGGGGUCCUGAGGGUCUUGGUGAACUCCCUGAGCUGUGACCAGAGCACCACCUACUUGACUCACUGCUUCGCCACACUCCGAGCUCUCAUUGCCAAGUUUGGAGACCUGCUGUUUGAGGAGGAGGUGGAGCAGUGUGCUGACCUGUGCCAACGAGUAUUGCAUCACUGCAGCAGCAGCAUCCACAUCACGCGGAGUCAAGCCUGUGCAACCCUCUACCUACUCAUGAGAUUUAGCUUUGGUGCCACCAGUAAUUUUGCAAGAGUGAAGAUGCAAGUAACAAUGUCCCUGGCUUCUUUGGUUGGCAAAGCAUCAGAUUUUAAUGAGGAAUACUUGAGAAAAUCCUUACGAACCAUCUUGGCAUAUGCAGAAGAGGAUACAGCUAUGCAGGCAACUCCUUUUCCUGCCCAGGUAGAAGAACUUCUCUGCAACCUCAACAGCAUUUUGUCAGACACGGUGAAAAUGAGAGAGUUUCAGGAAGAUCCAGAGAUGCUUAUGGAUCUCAUGUAUAGAAUUGCCAAGGGAUAUCAGACAUCUCCUGAUCUGAGACUGACCUGGCUUCAGAAUAUGGCUGAAAAACACUCCAAGAAGAAAUGCUACACAGAAGCAGCCAUGUGCCUGGUGCAUGCAGCUGCCCUGGUGGCUGAGUACCUAAGCAUGCUGGAGGACCACUGCUACCUGCCUGUGGGAAGCGUGAGCUUCCAGAAUAUCUCUUCCAAUGUUCUGGAAGAAUCUGCGGUCUCUGAUGACAUCCUGUCCCCUGAUGAGGAUGGUGUGUGUUCUGGGAGAUACUUCACAGAGAGCGGCCUGGUUGGGCUGUUGGAACAGGCUGCUGAGCUUUUUAGCACGGGAGGAUUAUAUGAAACCGUCAAUGAGGUCUACAAGUUGGUCAUCCCCAUACUAGAAGCUCACCGGGACUUCAGGAAGCUGACCUCAACUCAUGACAAACUGCAGAAGGCUUUUGAUAACAUCAUAAGCAAGGGUCACAAGCGAAUGUUUGGAACCUAUUUCCGAGUUGGUUUCUAUGGCUCCAAAUUUGGUGAUUUGGAUGAGCAGGAAUUUGUUUAUAAAGAACCUGCAAUUACCAAGCUUCCGGAAAUUUCACACCGACUAGAGGCAUUUUAUGGUCAAUGUUUUGGUGCAAAUUUUGUGGAAGUAAUUAAAGAUUCUAUUCCUGUGGACAAAACCAAGUUGGAUCCUCACAAGGCCUACAUACAAAUCACUUUUGUGGAGCCUUAUUUUGAUGAGUAUGAGAUGAAAGACAGAGUAACCUACUUUGAGAAGAACUUUAACCUCCGAAGAUUCAUGUACACAACCCCCUUCACCCUGGAGGGACGGCCCCGGGGUGAGCUGAAUGAACAGUACAGGAGGAACACCAUCCUGACCACCAUGCAUGCCUUCCCCUACAUCAAGACCAGAAUCAGAGUCAUCCAAAAGGAAGAGUUUGUGUUGACCCCAAUAGAAGUUGCCAUUGAAGAUAUGAAGAAGAAGACCCUAGAGUUGGCUGUGGCCAUCAACCAGGAGCCACCGGAUGCCAAGAUGCUUCAGAUGGUGUUACAAGGCUCUGUGGGAGCCACUGUGAAUCAGGGACCACUAGAGGUAGCCCAAGUGUUCUUGGCCGAAAUUCCAGCUGACCCAAAACUUUACCGGCAUCACAACAAGUUGCGAUUGUGUUUUAAGGAAUUCAUAAUGCGAUGUGGCGAAGCUGUGGAGAAAAAUAAACGUCUCAUUGCUUCAGACCAGAGAGAGUAUCAACAAGAGCUCAAGAAGAACUACAACAAACUAAAAGAAAACCUCAGGCCCAUGAUUGAGCGGAAAAUCCCUGAGCUUUACAAGCCAAUAAUCAGAGUUCAAAGUGAAAAAAGGAACUCUUUCCACAGAUCUAGUUUCAGGAAAUGUGAAACCCAGUUGUCACAGGGCACCUAAGUAAAAGCUGCCUUCACCCAUACAGACUGAAGCCUGGGAGGCCCAGGAAGAGAACACUCCAAUGCUUUGUAGAAAAAAAAGAAAAAGAAAAAGAAAAAAAAAAAGGACAUUCUCUACCCACAGCAGCCCACAUAUCCCCUGACAGGCAGCCAGACAGCUGGGAGACCGACUAUACAACACCCAAGGGAGAAGUGGAAAUUCUACCACAUCUGUCCUGAUCUGAUUUUGGUGGGUGGGGAAGAACAUGGGGGUGAGAGAAGGACACAGGGGACCAGCUUGGGCUCCUUGUGUAUUUAUUGAAUCAUGUUUUUCAUAGGAUAGUACAAAACAAGGCAUUUGAAAAAAAAAAUCAUCAUUUCCUGCUGAAUGGCCAAUCACUGUUUACCCAGAGGGACAACUUCCUGUGGCUUCCCUUUGGGUUUGGUUGGAUAACUUGAAAUCACCUGAGGCACGAUGGAAAAUGUUACUCUCUCUAUGGGGUAGGGUGAAGGGAACUCUUUCAAUAGAUAUGUAGGGAAGAAAACAAUUUUCUCGUUUGAAGUUUCAAAGUUCCAAUGGUCAGUCAUGUAAAGGUCAACUACUUAUUUAUAAAAAUAUGUCUGGAGGCUAACUGUGGUUGUACAUGUAGUUGCACAAUUUCAUUUUACUUAAUUAUCAUGAUGAUGUUAAGUUAAAUUAGCAUCAUGUUAUUUAGAGGAAUGCAUACUGAGCACUGAUUUAUAGGGAAUAUAUGGUACCCAGCCCACAGACAGACAUCCACUCCAAAAAAGUGACCCCGUGUGCCUUUCCUUUUUUGUUUUCUCUUUGGGACCACAUUUUAUGUUCUGUUCUAGCUCCCAAUUUAAGGAAUUAUGUUACCUCUCAGCUGGUACAUUGCAUCUUUGUUAUAAAGACUGAAGCUCUAGGUUCUGCCGGCUUCUGGAAGCUUCUUUUUAGGUCAAUGAGAACAAGGAAUUUAAAUUAUAUAUUUUUAAGUAACCAUCUUGAAUUGUUGUCAUAAAUGUAACCAGAGUUCUUGGUAUUUUUAUUUUAAAAUACAACUCUGUUUUUCUCUGUACAAGUGGUAUUUUGUCAUCUUUUCAAUUCUCUAAUUAUUAAGAGUACUCAGAGAAGAAGAUAGAAAUAAACAUAUGGCUUUUCUCCUAACCAAAGGAGAGAGUUCAUGCUCUGCAUUCCCAAAUAUGCUUUCUUCUUGGUCACCUUUUUUUGCAAACUUGUCAUAGUGGAGAGAGUUAGAAAGAUCUGAGUUUGAAUUCUGCCUUUGAAACAUUACAGUCUGUGUGACUCGAGCAAGUCACUUAACCUCUAAGUUGCACUGAAGACCACAGUCAGUUCUGCUGUAAUGCACCAUAUGUGUUCCUAUAAGUCAUCUUGCUAUGCAAGAAUCACACAAUCAAAACCACAGUGCUUAUGGUUAAAAUGGAGCUGGAGGCACAAAACUUCCAGCUUUAGACAUUUAAUUUCAUGGCAUUGUCUCUGAUGGUUCCUAAUGUGGAUGGCUUUAUGCCCAUUUCUUGGGAGAGAUCACUCUUCUCUCAUUUCUUUUUUUUUUGGUAAGGGAAUAAACAUUUUUAUUUAUAGUUUUGAGUUCCAGUUUUUAAUCCCUCCUUCCUUC